CCAUCAAAGUGAACUGCAAUGGUUUCUGUGGCAUCACCGCAAAGCAAAAUGACACUGAUUGGACACUGGAGGAGCAGUACUUCAACAACACUGUCUCUGUUGCAGACAAAGGAACUCUAAAACAGGGGGAGCACUCAUUUCCAUUCAAGUUUCUCAUUCCAGAGAGUGACCUAUGAGAUGAAGAAGCCCAUUCAUGAUGUGAAGACAAUAGCUGAAGUGGAGGGAGGUGUGGUGAAGGCUGGCAGAGAGGUGGAGUGGAAAGAGAAAAUCAUCGUUCCUCCACUCCCUCAGUCCUCCCUUGCUGGUUGUGAGCUCAUAAAGAUUGAGUAUUAUGUGAAGGUGAGACUGAAGUCACCGGAUGUCAUGCUAACAUUACCCAUUCACAUUGGGAAUGUCGCAUUAGACAAGAAACGGUGUUCUAUCAAAAAAGACGUUCUUCCUUCCAACGAAGAAGCAGCAGCUCCUGYUUCCAUGCCAGACGAUGCUGAGAUGCUUCCUAAGCCUGCUCCCAAACCUGCUCCCCGUCCAGUCCCACGCUCCAGGAUAUCCUCCCACAGCUCUCCCAGCGCUCCUCCAGCUGAGAAUCACCCAGGAGCAGARGGUGGAAGCAUGAAGAAUGAGGAUUUCACCAACAAGCGCCAGUCUCAGCUGGUGUCACCUAACGCUUUCAGCUAUGCCCCGGGCCUCCUUUUCUCCCAGAACCUGCAGGCCAACCAGGCAUCUGCAGCUCGGAGUGGGUCUUCAUACAGGCAAUCCACUGAGGCCACUGGUCUUUACCCCUCUCUGAUUGGAGCCAAACCAGUGCAAUCACCUCCAGGCUAUGGCAUCCCAUCUUAUCCACAAGACGCUCCUCCUUCUUAUGACGAGAGCUGCAACACAUGAGAUGGAUCAAGAAGCUGAAACCAAGACAACUGUCAAAUCCCAACUUUUUAAAGAAAAAGCUGGAGCUAAGUGUACAGAGUAGAUGCCUUUCCAAAAUAAAAGUCUUGUCAAAUGUUAAAUAAUAUGAGAUGAGCCACAAGGUAACAGUACACUCACUGAUUUUCUGUCUCCACUCAGAGUUUUUCAGGAUGUUUUGAAAUAAAAGUAAAUUGGCCUCAAACUCUUCUGCCCACUGAGAAAAUAUCUAUAAUGUGACAUCUGUUACUGUCUGAUCAACCCAGCCACUGACAACCACAAAUCAUUUUUUUAAAUCAAGUUUUGAUUCACUUCUUGUACUUUGAAUGAAAGGWAAAAGGACUUUAAUUUUCACAUCACUGU